AUGACUCCCGCAGCAGCACCUAGCAAGCAGGCUAUCCUCAGCCUUUACCACAACAUGCUCCGCUCGUCACAGUCAUUUAGCUCCUACAACUUCCGACAAUACUUUGUCAAGAAGACGAAGGACACCUUCAGACAAAUGCAGAAUGAGACAGACCCUGACAAAGUACGGGAUCUCUACGCUCAGGCUGUCAAAGAUUCGGCUGUCCUCCGACGGAGUGCAAUCGUGAACCAGCUGUACGGUGGCUGGAAACUGGCAGUCGAGGUCCAGAAGCCGCAUCCUGAAGAAAGCAUGCAACGAAGCGAUAACUAG